UCUCUAUCAAUUCUUGCAACUUUAUUGGUUAGGCCCUCCCAAUUCCCAGCACUCCUCCCACUUGUGUUUAAACUUUUUCCAAUUGAGAACAAGAAUUCCCCAGUGUGGAAUCCCAUGGAAUCUUCCAGUAUCGAAAGCCCGAUAUUCACGGAGACCGAUCUGGGCACCCGCCUUGCAGUGCCAAUCUCUCCAGACGCUACGGCAAGGGAAUUCAAGAGAGUAUUUGAGAGGGCGCACUUGAAUUGUUUCCCAAAACUUGGGGAUAUCAAGGUGAAUGGUUUGAUGGUUCAGAGGAAAUCGUUCUUUUACCACUUAUCUGAUACAUUACCUUUAAGGUAUGCUUUUCAGUACUUGAAAGGAAAUUGGUUUCUUCGAGUUAAAGUAUGCCAUUCUAGCGUUCCUGACAAGUUAGGGGCACCGGUACGUGAAAAGAUUAAGGAUUGUUCAACUGACGUUAAUGGUGGUGCUGGUUCAAAAGAACCCAAGAAUUUUCUUUCGAGCACAAUUAAGAUUAAGUCAAAAUGCAGGAGGAGGAAGAUCAAAAGGUUUGCCGGAUUUGGAAUUUCACUCUUAGGUAUUCGACGAAGGCUCUACUUUUCGGAGAGGCAAAAGAUUAAAAAGAAAAGAGUUCGGAAAAAGUAUGAUAUUGCUAUAUCGGGUGCUAAGGACAAGUCAAGUAAAGAGGGAAAUUAUAGCCGAGCAGUGGAGAGUCAUCAUGAGACAUUAUCGGAAUCCAUGUCAGUCUCGGGCAUUAUCCGGAAGUAUUUCUCAUGUUAUGAUGAUUUCUGUGGUUACGAUGAGGUGAACUCGGGUUCGGGGUUUUCUUAUUCGACAGUUAGGGGUGAACAAAAGGAAAAACGGAUUGUUAGAACAGAUGACUGCCGUAUGAACUUUGGUGUUUGUACGCCUCCUCCAUUUAGAGCCAAAACACCGUCGAAAAUGCUGAAUGUUCUUCUGACUAACGAAUCUGUUUCUGUACCCUCGAGAAAGGUUAAGAAAGCCGAAGUUGGGAAGCGCCUUCUAACUGCUGCAAAUAAUCUCGGGCUUAAUUCAAGUAACAGAAGUCCUGGAGUUUCUCUUACGAGAAGUUUGGCGUUUGAGAUCACGGAUGAGGACGACUGAAGAUUGCAAUGCAUUCUACCUUACUGUAUAUAUAUAUCCUCUUUCAAAAAAAGGAACUACUAGUCGAUUUUUUCCCCGUGACAGGUAUUGCUAUAUUAGGUCAUCGUCCUUUAAGGUAUGGACUGAUUUAGUUCAUGGUUCCAAUCGCCUGCUGGAGGGGAGAACUGCAACGGGGCCGGCCCUUUGGUUGUACAAUUAGUUGAAAGUUUUGUAAAAUUUACCGAAAGGUAUUGGCUUAAGUGGAAGGGGUUUGAGCUGCUUAAACAUAUAGUCGAGGAUUCGGAGCCAUGCAUUAUGCAUAUGUAGCAACACUUUUGGGAGAGCCGCCUCGAAUCGGGCCCAACUGAGGCUAUGUUUUGUACAAUUAGCUGAAAGUUUUGUAAAAUUUGAUGCUUUGUACAAUUAGUUCAAAGUUAAGUCAUUCUUGUGGAAAUUUAGGCAUAUGACCAAGUCAUUUCUCUCA